GAGACAAUCGCGACUCGGAAAUCUUGAGAGCUCUUCCUUGUCUCCGCGAGUCAUUCAGUCAACUCAUUCAGCUGCCAGCCCCAGCAGAAGCUAGAGUCCAAUGCUGUCGGUACGUCAUCAUCAAGACACUCAGCCCUACCGGAAUAAACAGGCAUCUUCCCCCUUCUUACAGCGCGGGUCACCCAAGAUGAAGCUCGCUCCAUCUGCUGCAGGAUGGACGUGCAAUCAUUCCAUUUCGACGUGCGAACCUGAGGUAUAGGCGGUCUUGCGCAUGACGCAUCUUUUCCCAUCUUACGGUCGUCCGAUGGGAACGGUCCAAAGAUCAGAAACGCACCGCACAACCACGGACUUAGUCCAGCAGCUAUCCGUUGUCGCCUCCGAGACCUCUCCCUCUUUCUCUCCCUAUCCCUCUCCGUACGCUCGGCCUUCGCGCGGAGGCAACUAGCGAGGUCCGCCAAACUAAGCUCUUCAUCCCACUCUCAUCUGUGCCUAUGCAGACCAAUGCGUGCAUUCUCUCUUGGAGCCGGCCACUUCUGCUUCGAACCCGGCAAGGGGCGCCUCGCUCUCGCGCUAAUGACCGCCUCGAUCGAGGGGCUUCUCGUGCCAGCUAUAAGAACUUGAAUGAAGCAUCCCAAUAACGCAAAGCUUGAUAAAUCGACAAAGGCUUGUUUUCAACCUAACCCACGUAGCAUUCUCGUUGACAUCUAGACCUUGGUCACAGCCAAAUCUCAUCAGUGACUCCCAAGUACAUUAUCCCCCCCCCCCCCCCCCCCCCCCCCCAACCCAAACAAUUAUGUCCCUCCAAGACAAGGUCGUCGUCGUCACGGGCGGUUCCAAGGGCAUCGGCCGGGCCAUAGUCAUCGGCGCCGCAGCCCAGGGAGCAAAGGUCGUCGUCAACUACAGUAGUGACUCCUCUGCCGCCGACGAGGUCGUCAGGACCAUCGGUAGCGAGCGCGCCUUCGCCGUGCGCGCCGACAACUCCAAGACGACCGAACUGCAGACCCUCGUCGACGCCACCAUUGACAAGUUCGGCAGAAUCGAUAUCCUCAUCCCCAACGCCGCCGUGAUGUACAUGCGCACCGUCGAGAACACGUCGGAGGAAGACUUUGACGUCAUGUUCAACACCAACGUCAAGGGGCCCUACUUUUUGGUACAGAAAGCACUACCUCACAUGCCCGAGGGCGGCCGAGUCAUUUUCCUGUCCACGACAGUGCUCGCCUCGAGUAACCUUCCCCCGCCAUACCUGCUCUACGCUUCGACCAAGGGCAGCAUUGAGCAGAUGACCAAGUUCAUGGCCAAGGAUCUCGCCAGCAAAGGCAUUACGGUCAACGCCAUAGCCCCAGGCCCAACCGGUACAGAGCUCUUCUACAAGGGCAAGACGGAAGAGAUGAUCAAGCGCGCCGGCGCGAGCAGCCCAUUCAACCGGAUCGGCACACCUGAGGAGGUUGCGUCGGUUGCUCUGUUUCUGGCAAGCAAAGAAUCCUCCUGGGUUACGGGUCAAACCAUCCGUGUCAACGGUGGGGUGGCCUAAG